AAAAAAAAGAAAAAAAAAGGAAGCCCUUGUCAUCCCUGAGAAGAGAAGCACGUGCACGCCCAACUCAUUCUUGUUCGAAUCAAUUUCAAUUCAAUACAAACACUUCUUCUUUUCUUUGUCCACCUUUUCUCUCCCCCAACAUUUUCUCAGAAGAGACCCAAUUCACAAGAAACACAAACACACACAGAGAAAAGAAAAGAAAAGAAAAAAAAGACAGAGAGAGAAGGCCACAUGACGUAGUACAUAGAGAGAGGGAGAGAGAGAGAGAGCGCAGCACAAAUCCCAAUGCACCCAUACAAUCGGCUACCGAGUAGCGGACACAACAGCCCAUCGCCGCCGCCUUCGCCGCUCCGCUCGCCCCGGUUCAGACACAGCCGGUCCAAAGCAGGUGGCCGGUUCAACCAGCCGGGUCGGACCCUAAUCCAGCGCAUCGUCUGGCACCUUCUCUCCGUUCUCAUCCGCCGCCAGGGGUUCUUUCUCUUCGCCCCUCUCCUCUACAUCUCCGGCAUGCUCCUCUACAUGGGCUCCGUUUCCUUCGAGGUCGUUCCCGUCAUUUCACAUCGUCCUGCUCCCGGCUCCGUUUACCGCAGUCCCCAACUCUACGCCAAGCUCCGACCGGAAAUGGAUGCCGAUAACUCCUCCGCCGAUGCGAUCUCAACUGUAUGGAAACAUUCCUAUAAAGGUGCUGAGUGGAGACCGUGUGUAAACAAGUCCUCUGGAGGUUUAGCAGAGUCAAAUGGUUAUAUAUACAUUGAGGCAAAUGGUGGUUUAAAUCAGCAGAGGACUUCAAUAUGCAAUGCAGUUGCUGUUGCAGGAUAUCUUAAUGCAACACUUGUAAUUCCCAAUUUUCAUUAUCAUAGCAUCUGGAGAGAUCCAAGUAAAUUCAGAGACAUCUAUGAUGAAGAUUAUUUCAUCAGUAUGUUGGAAAAUGAUGUACGCGUAGUUAACAAGGUUCCUGAAUAUUUAAUGGAACGAUUUGACCACAAUUUGAGCAACGUAUACAACUUCAGAAUAAAAGCAUGGUCUCCCAUUCUGUAUUAUAAGGAUGCAGUUCUCCCAAGGUUACUUGAAGAAAAGGUUAUAAGGAUUUCUCCUUUUGCAAAUCGAUUGUCAUUUGAUUCUCCUCCCGCUGUUCAACGGCUAAGAUGCUUGGCAAAUUAUGAAGCUUUAAGGUUUUCAAGUCCUAUAUUAACUUUGGGAGAAACUUUGGUUGCAAGAAUGAAAGAACGCAGUGCAAAUUAUGGUGGCAAAUAUAUUUCGGUGCAUCUUCGGUUUGAGGAGGACAUGGUUGCGUUCUCUUGCUGUGUUUUUGAUGGUGGAGAGCAAGAAAAUGAAGACAUGAAAGCAGCAAGGGAAAGAGGUUGGAGAGGGAAAUUUAGCAAACCUGGUAGGGUUAUACGUCCUGGAGCAAUCAGGAUUAAUGGAAAAUGUCCUCUCACUCCUUUAGAGGUUGGCUUGAUGCUUAGGGGAAUGGGAUUUGAUAAGAACACAUUUAUCUAUUUGGCAUCGGGAAAGAUAUACAAUGCUGAGAAGACAAUGGCCCCAUUACUGGAAAUGUUUCCUAAUUUGCAGACAAAAGAGAUGUUAGCAUCAGAUGAGGAGCUUGCUCCUUUCAAGAAUUUUUCUUCCAGGAUGGCUGCGACAGAUUACACUGUUUGUCUUCACAGUGAGGUAUUUGUGACAACUCAAGGAGGAAACUUUCCCCAUUUUCUCAUGGGACACAGAAGAUACUUGUAUGGUGGACACUCCAAGACUAUCAGGCCCGACAAGCGGAAGUUAGCGUUACUCUUUGAUAAUCCCAAAAUUGGAUGGAAGACUUUCAAGCGUCAACUGCUGGGUAUGAGGUCCCAUGGUGAUUCAAAGGGCUUUGAGCUGAAGAGACCAAAUGACUCGAUAUAUACCUUCCCAUGCCCAGAUUGCAUGUGCCGCUCAAACAAGACAGAGGAUUCAAGAGCAUCGUCAGCUACGUGAUUUUGAAUGAAAACGUUGUGAUGGGUGUUCCCCAUACCCUUGAUUUUGCGAGGAAACUUUACUGCUGACCCCCCUUUUGUGUUGCUAUUCUUUCAUUUUUUUUCUGCCCCUGUCCGGGUGUGGAGAGGGCAUAUACACCAAUUUUGGGAGCUACAAGGAAUUUGUUGGAGGUCACAGUUACCUAAUUAUUUUCCCGGGAUUGGAUCGUGACGAAGUUGCAUAGUUUUUAUAUGAUGCCAGAAGAGAAGACGGUGAUACAUCAAUCCUUCCAUCACAGGAGUUUCCCGGGCGUUGACUGAGGCAUUGUUUCAUAUCUGCAGCUGCUGUAUUUAACAAGCUGUGUACUGACAGAUCGCAUUCCUUCACAGCCUGCCUGCUUUUGCCAUGUUUGUAGAUUAGUUAGAGUUUGAUCUGCAAGUGCAAAUAGGAUCAGGUUGAAUUUUUUGUACAUUUAUCCAAAGGCCAUGGUACUCAAAUUUCAUUUUUUCUUUUCUGGGUUC